GCAUAUAAAAGCGAACUUGGUCUAUUUUUCCGCCUUCAAAACUCUCACAGCGAAGAACGCCGCCGUAGCAAAACCCUAGACGGAUUAAGCAGGAGAAAUGACGACCGUACCAGGGCAGCUGAUAUGGGAGAUCGUGAAGAAGAACAACUCUUUUCUUGUGAAGGAGUUCGGUAAUGGAACACAGAGUGUUCAGUUCAGCAAAGAGCCUAAUAACCUCUACAAUCUUAACUCCUACAAGCACUCUGGGCUAGCCAACAAGAAGACUGUUACCAUUCAGCCAGCUGGAAAAGAUCAAUCUAUUCUGCUAGCAACCUCCAAGACCAAGAAACAGGCCAAGCCUGCAAGUUUACUUCACAAAUCUAUCAUGAAAAAGGAGUUCAACCGCAUGGCUAAGGCUGUUGUAAACCAGGUUGCUAACAACUACUACAGGCCGGAUUUGAAGAAGGCAGCUCUUGCAAGACUAAGUGCUGUGAACAGGAGCCUCAAGGUUUCCAAGUCGGGUGUGAAGAAGAGGACCCGACAGGCUUCAAGGAUUUACGGUAGGAAAUGAAAAAAGAUGUAUUAGUAAUUCGCAAGCCCCGGGUUCUUUUUUCAUAAAAUUUUCUGAAAUAUUUAUGUUUUAGACUACCAAAAUCAUCUUCAUUAUCAUUAAUUGUCUGUUUUCUGGAGGGUCAAAGUUGGUUCCUUUUUUUGGUUACAAUAUCUGCAGAAUACUAGAUUUUGAUUUGGUGGCUUUUGAGAAGAAGUAUGUUUUUUAU